AUGAUUCUGCUUUUGUAUGUGGAUGAUAUUAUACUUACUGGGAAUUCUGAUGUUCUUCUGGAAAAGUUAGUUCAAGCUUUAAGUAAAGAGUUUGCAAUGAAGCAGUCAGGAAAUUUGAGCUAUUUCUUGGGUAUUGAAGCUCAAAUAAAUGAAGAUUCUUUAACUUUAACACAAAAGAAAUAUACUCUGGAACUUAUUACAAAAGCUAAUAUGCUUGAGUGUAAACCUUGUGACACUCCUGUUGUUAAAGAAUCUAGAGCAUCUAUACAUGAUGGUGUUUUGUUAGAGAAUCCAGCAGAAUACAAAACAUUAGUUGGCAUCAAAAGAAUUUUAAGGUAUCUAAAGGGCACUAUUGGCCUUGGUAUUACUCUCAGAAAAGGUGAUAUUUCUUCUGUGAAGGCUUAUACUGAUUCUGAUUGGGCUGGGUGUCCAGAUACAAGGAGGUCAACAUCUGGUUAUGCAGUUUUUAUGGGUAGUUCUUUGAUUUGUUGGUCUAGCAAGAAGCAACCAACUGUUUCCAUGUCUUCUUCUGAGGCAGAGUAUAAAUGUCUAUCUGUGACUGCUUCUGAGUUAGAAUGGUUGUCAAAUGUUUUUAAGGAAUUGCAUAUUUCAGUUAAUCUGCCAAUGCAUGUGUUUUGUGACAAUACAUCUGCAAUUUGUUUAGCUUUUAAUCUUGUGUUUCAUGCCAGGGCAAAAAAAAUAGAAGUUCAGUAUCAUUUGGUCAGAGAUCUGGUACUCAAAGGAUUUAUCAAGGUUCAUCAUGUUUCUUCAGAAAACCAUAUUGCUGAUUUGUUCACUAAAGGCCUGUGUUCACCUAUUUUUAUUUCAUUGCUUCAUCAUCUUUUGGGAGAUACUUCCAAUGAUGCUGUAGAAGAUCUUGAGUGUCAACAUUAUUCAUGUCUUGCCUGUGAAGAAGAACUCUCUGCUGACAAUAACUCUGCUUUAUUCUCUGGUUUAGCUUUUCAGUAA